UCAAUACCCAUAGUAGGUGAGAACUUCACCAUCACACACAGGCCCCCAUUUACUUUUCUUCACACCAGCUACUAGAAAGUUUAAAUUCCAAAUUUCUUGUGCAUGCUGAGCAAGAAAAGCCCUAGUUAGCCUCACCCUCUCGCUCUCUCCCUCUUUUGCACCUUCAUGAUUCAUCCGUUGUACCGCUCGUGCAUCGGAUCUCUUGAUAUUUUAUGCCCAAAACCAAAAGGUUUUGAAAAGUGUCAAGAAACCUAAUCAACAUAAGCCAAACAAGCCGGCCGGAAGGGGAAAACCGUAAAAGGAAAUUUGAGUUAUCUUCACAUCAUGACAGCAGAACCAAAGGAGGACUUGCCACCAGGAUUCAGAUUUCAUCCUUCAGAUGAAGAGCUUAUCACCUUCUAUCUCAUGAACAAGAUAAAUGAUGCCACUUUUACUGGAAGGGCGAUUGCCGAUGUUGAUCUCAACAAAUGCGAACCCUGGGAACUUCCUGCAAAAGCGAAAAUGGGAGAAAAGGAGUGGUACUUCUUCAGCCUACGAGAUCGGAAGUACCCCACAGGAGUGAGAACAAACCGAGCAACAAGUACAGGUUACUGGAAGACCACAGGGAAAGACAAGGAGAUCUUCAACAGUAUCACAUCUGAGCUGUUUGGGAUGAAAAAGACCCUUGUUUUCUACAGAGGCCGAGCUCCUCGUGGUGAAAAAUCCAACUGGGUCAUGCACGAAUAUCGCAUUCAUUCUAAAUCUGGCUUUAGAACAUCAAAGCAGGAUGAAUGGGUGGUUUGCCGAGUCUUCCAAAAGAGCGCAGGCAUAAAAAAGUACCCAACAAACCAAUCAAGAGCGGCCAAUCCCUACAACCUAGAAAUAGGACCAAGUAUGGUACCAUCACCCCUAAUGCAGCUAGGUGAUCCAAACCACCAUCAGUUCCCCUAUGGCAGAAACUACAUGACAAGUGCUGAGAUGGCCGAGCUUUCAAGAGUCUUCAGAGGUGGUGGUGGUGGCGGUGGUGGAUCAUCAAGUAGCACUAUCAACCUACCAAUCCAACCCCAAUUCAAUUACCCAAUUGGUGGAGGAGGUGGUGGUGGUGGUGUUGGAGGAGGAGCAGGUGGGUUUACAAUAUCUGGGUUGAACUUGAAUCUUGGUGGGCCAGCAUCACAGCCUACGUUGAGGACAAUGCCACCAGCACAGAUGCAUCAUCAUGGCCCUCCAUCUAUGAAUCAUCAUCAUCAAGUGCAAGAUGUUACUAUGAUGAACGGUCCAGAUCAUCAAGCUGGAUACGGAACAAUAGACAUGAACAACAGCAACAACGCAACCGGUGGGAGUGGAAGCAGGUUUAUGAACAUGGAUCCUUGUGCUGAUCUUGAGAACUACUGGCCUUCCUAUUAGGGUACUUAAGAGUAUCCACCAAUUAAUUCCCAAGGCCAAUUAAGUUAGAGACGAGCUUUAUUAUUAUUACUUAUUGUUAUAAUUUAGGUAUAAAAUCGAUAUACUUUUCCUUCCCAGUUAGGGUAAUCAAGAACUAAGAACCCAGCAACUAAGGUCAGAUAUAUUAUAUAUAGUCCUGUGAAUUAGAGUCAAGUGACUACUCUCGUUCAGGAACGUUACAUCUUUGGUUAUUCAAUUUACUACCAUCAACUUAAUGUCUUUCAACAAUUAUUAAGCUUAUUUAUAAAGUUGGUUUUGCCUUAA